AUGUCAAUUCCAACAGAAUCAACUCAAGUGGUGCUCAAACAGUCACCCACGGGAUUCAUCAAUCCAAACUUCAACGAGCCAACCUCAACGUUUGCAAUCAAAGCAACCGAAAUCCCCGAGUUGCAAAAGGGUCAAUUGUUGGUCAAGACCUUGCUUCUUUCCAAUGAUCCGACUCAAAGGGGCUGGAUUAGAUCCAAAGAUGCCAAACAGAGAUACUACGUUCCGCCAGUUGAAACAGGCGCACCAAUGUCGUCAUUGGCCGUGGCCGAGGUGCUCGAGAGCAAAUCGGACAAAUACGCCAAGGGAGAUAUCGUCAAUGGCAAAUUCUACUGGGCUGACUAUAUAGUCGUUUCUGAAGCUCAGGUCGUUAACAAAGUCGACCAAAGCUUGGGAUUCCCUCUUGAAUACUACAUGUCGGUGUUGGGAAUGACGUCAUGGACGGCGUUGUUUGGCUUGAUUGAAGCUGGCGGGUUGAGAAAGUACUUGAAGGAGAAGCCGGAGGAGUUGAUUGUGCUCGUGAGUGCCGCUUCGGGCGCCACUGGCUCCGUUGUGGUGCAAAUCGCCAAAAACUUGCUCGGUGCAACCACCGUGAUUGGCAUUUCGGGCUCAGACGCAAAAUGCAAGUGGGUCGAGAGUCUCGGGGCCGACUUUUGCGUCAACUACAAGAACCCCGACUACCAAUCUCAAAUCAACGAGUACUUGAAUGGCAGGAACGUCAAUGUCUACUUUGACAAUGUCGGUGGAAACAUCUUGAGUUUCGCCUUGACCAAAAUGGCCAAAUACGGCCGCGUUAUCUCGUGCGGGUCGAUCUCUUCCUAUAACGCUAGCGAGCCUCCCAAAAUUACAAAUUGGGGCGAGAUCACCGUGAACUCAUUAACUGUCGUGGGCUUUAUUGUCUCAGACUAUAUUUCGCAAUUGCCCGAAGCAAUCCACAUUUUGAUCAAGGCCGUCAAGGAGGGCAAGAUCAAGACUGACGGCGCUUACCAUGUCGACAGCUUAACUGGCGAUAGCAUUCCCGCUAAGUUGGAAGGGAUCCCAAAGAUUUGGAACCAGUUGUUCACGGGUGACAAGCCCAAUGGCAAGUUGAUUACUAAAGUAGCCUAG